AUGUCUCGAGCACAGGCAAGUUCAGUGAAGUUAGAACAGGAGAAAGAAUCGCAUAUAUAUGCGGUGCAGGAGAAAGCUAACGAUGGUGAGUCUGCCAUGUAUUGGAUUCGGCAACAGGCGAGCGCAUGUUCUGUAUGCCGGUGCGCUGCGCGUCGAAGCGGCGCGCGCGAUGAGACAAGGUCGCAGGCGAGAGCGCUGCAGCAACAGCGCACCCCCGCAGUGCCCGCGCCUCACCCUGCGCCUUCGCAGCAGAAAACACAAGCGAAACGUGAAAAGUGUGGCAACGGAAACAUGUCAUGUGGUUUUUGUGGUAAGAAAUCGUCUGAAGAAAUGAAUCUCGUCAAACGGAUCCUAGCCAUAAACAUGACCUCUGAGGAUCACCAAUCAAGCAAAAUUUUAAAUGAAUAUCCAGAAGUGUUUGAGGGUAUGGGAUGCCUGCCUGGCGUUUACAGGAUUAGGCUGACCGACGAUGUACAACCAGUUGUGCACGCGCCGCGUAAGCUACCUGUCGCGCUCAGGGAAGAUGUGAAACGGAAAUUAGAUGAGAUGCUCGAGGAAGGAGUAAUCGCCAAGGUGGAAGGACCCACGGAUUGGGUUAAUAGUUUAACGUUAGUAUAUAAGCCAGGAAAAUACCUGUACAUAGCGGACGCCCUGUCCCGUGCUGUGGCGCCGAGCAGUGACAAGUGGGGUGAUACGCGCGACGAGCUGGAUGCCCGGGCGCAAGUGUGCGCGCUUGCACUUGCUAAUCCCCUCACAGAUACCCAUUUCGUGCGUUUGCAAAAGCUUACUCAAUCAGAUCAUGAAAUGCAGGAACUAAUUAAUUUAAUAAGAAAUGGGUGGCCGAACAGCAAAAAGGAUGUAAUUGACAUAUUAAAGCCAUACUGGGAUAGCAGAGAAGAGCUGACGGUUGCGUACAAAUUAGUGUGGAAAGGACAAAAAAUAGUAAUACCUAAAUGUAUGAGGCGCGAAAUGUUAAAAACUAUACAUGUAGGACAUUUAGGAGCGGCGAAAAUGAAAUUGAGAGCCAGAGAAAUAAUGUAUUGGCCGAAUUUAAAUUCACAAAUAGAGGAUAUGAUAUCGCAUUGUCAAGCAUGCCUCGCCCAUCGUAACGAAAAUAGUAAACAGCCACUGAUCCCACAUGAAGUUCCACACAGGGCGUGGUCUAAAGUAGGGAUUGACAUAUUUCAUUUCAAUAAUAAGUCAUAUUUGUUAGUCGUUGAUUAUUUUAGUAAGCUUAUAGAAGUUGAAAAGUUGUAUAACCUAACAUCCGAAUGCGUUAUAAAUAAAUUAAAAAUAAUUUUCAGUAGACAAGGUAUCCCGGACAUGGUCAUGUCAGAUAAUGGCCCUGAAUUUACCAGCAGAAUAUUUAAAGAGUUUUGUAUCAAUUGGAGGUUUGAACAUAAAACGUCAUCCCCGCGGUAUCCGCAAUCAAAUGGACAAGCGGAAAGAGCAAUACAAACGGUAAAACAAAUGCUCAAGAAAACGCAGUAUGAUAAAUCCGACUUUAGGUUCGCGAUGCUAGAAUUUUUAAAUACCCCAAUAAGUGAAAGUUUGCCUUCCCCGGCUGAGCUUUUAAAUAACAGAAAACUUCGAAGCAUAGUUCCGUGUCCUCCGGAAAUGCUCCAACCGAAAUUAUUUAAUACAAAACAAGCGCGCGAAAUACUAAAGUCCCGUCAAACCGUGCAAAAGAGGUAUUACGAUAGGGGCAGUAAGUUUCUAAAACCCUUAAGCAUAGGUGAUAAAAUUAAAGUACGUAUUAAUGGUAAAUGGGUCGAUGGUAUAGUAAUAGACAUUUUAGGAGAAAGAUCAUACGUAUUAAAGUUGCAGUCGGGGAGAAUCAUACGCCGAAAUCGAAGGCAUAUUAUCCGCGACAGCUAUUUACGACCGGAAAAUAAAACCGUUACACAAGCAUAUGAUUUUGAUGACGUAUUAGCAACAACACCCAACGAGCCGACAUCACCGCGCUCGCAUACUGUUCCCGCCAGCUCUAGUGCCCCGCCCCAUUCAUUCAAUAUAUCCACCACAGCAACCACAGCUCCAUAUACUGCUACUACUACUUCUAAUGCUUACGUUACUCAAUCCGGCAGGGUAGUGAAAGUUCCUGAUCGGUGGGGAUAUUCCUGA